AUGAAGUCUGUUGCUUUUCUAUCACUGGUGACGCUGACCGCGAGUGUAGUCGCAGAUACCAAAUCAACCACAUUUCCAGGUCGCUGUGAGACGACCAAAGACUGUUUAACAUAUGGAUCUAACUACGCUUGUAUCUCCGUUGAUACAAGUGUUGCGGGACUGGAGCGACUAAGUAUGUGCAUUCCGGGUGCUCAAGUGUGUAGUGGUCGCAUCGCUGGUCUCUGUCCAACUUUUACAACUUGGCCAUCAAAGUAUCGCGUCAUUCAGCCAAUUUGCGCCUUCGUCGAGGUCGAUAAUUGUGACGAGAUGUAUAACGUGACUAUAAGUUCUCAUGCUGGAAGUAAUGGCACUGUCGAUGAUGACACUGAUGUAUCUAUUAGCUCUGCUAAUGGUACUGGUACGGUUCAAUGUUACCAACGGAACUUUACAGUCAAUAACGACUAUGUCGUGGUGAAUGGCAUUUAUCAGUGUCUUGACAAGGCCAAAUUUGUCAAUCAAAACGGUGGUCACAUCAAGAACAUUACCGACACGAUUUUGCUCAGGAUUAUGAGUGCAAAUGUAACGCUGGCUACAAUUCUUCCGAUCAUUGCUUUGCGGUGGUUUCAAAUGAAUGUAGCAGUGUUGCGCAAUGCGGAACUAAAGGAAUGUGCAGUUUUGAGAAAGGAACCACAACUGCUAGCUCUGAAGUUGUGUGCAAUGGACACGGAACAUGUGGUACUAACGGCAGAUGCUCGUGCUCUCAAGGCUACAACGGAACUUUCUGCGGUGAUUCAACAGGUAGCAAGACUUCGUCUACUUCCCCAUCGGAGGCGACGUCUGUGGGAAUGGCUACGAUAA